AUGGGCAAAAAAGAGGUUAAACAAACAUCCACUGCACCACCAAAGAAGGAAAAGAAAGAGAAGAAAUCCAAAUCUGCCUCAAAGAAGGAACCUACUCCUCCUCCAAAGCCUGUUUCCUCUUCUGAUUCUUCUUCCUCUUCAGAUUCAAGCGAUAGCGAUGAUGAUAAGAAGAAGUCUAAGAAGGCCUCUCCUCCUAAGAAAUCCUCAAAAGCCGCUAAGAAGUCAUCCUCUAGCGAUGAUAGCGAUGAUAGCAGUGAUUCUGAAGACGAGAAGCCAGUAAAAAAUGACUCUAAGAAGGAUUCUAAGAAAGAGGCUAAGAAGCCUGCACCAGCACCAGCUAAGAAAGACGAAAGCAGUGACUCUUCUGACUCUUCCUCAUCCGACGACGAACCUGCUCAAAAAUCUGCACCUGCUGAACCAUCUAAAAAGGACGAUUCAUCUAGCUCAGAGUCUUCAGACAGCUCAGACGAGGACGAGAAGAUGGCUGAUGCUAAGGCUCCUCCAAAGAAGGCUGCUAAGGACGACUCUAGCGAUUCUAGCGACAGUGAUUCUUCUGACGAUGACAAAGAUGCCAAGGUUACUGAGAAGCCUGCCCCAGCUAAGAAGGAUGACAGUAGCUCUUCUUCAGACUCCUCUUCGGAUGAGGAAGAGAAGGCUGAACCUGCACCUGCACCUGAAGCAACCGAGGCACCUUCAAAGAAGCGUAAGGCGGAAGACAUGGAAGUCCCAGAGACCAUCACCGUAGACAACACUCCACAAAUCUUUGUCGGUCAAUUGUCUUGGAACAUUGAUGAUGAGUGGUUGAAGAGCGAGUUUGAGCAAUUGGGUACAGUAAAGAGCGCGCGCGUUCAAUUAGACAGACAAAAUGGUCGCUCUAGAGGGUUUGGUUAUGUCGAAUUUGAGUCACAUGACAUUGCACUCAAAGCUAUGGAACAAUUUGCUGGUAAAGAAAUUGAUGGUAGACCAAUUAGAGUAGAUUUGAGCGUUCCACGCGCACCAAAUCCAGAAAAGAGGGCUAAGUCAUUCGGAGAUCAACGUAGUGAUCCAUCCAACACUUUGUUCGUUGGAAACUUAUCAUUCAACACGAAUGAGGACAGCGUUUGGGAAUUCUUUGGGGAGUUUGGAGCGAUUGAGAGCGUACGUGUACCAACUGAUAGGGAAACUGGAGCACCAAAAGGUUUCGGUUAUGUCAGUUUCGCUGAUGUUGACACUGCCAAGGCAGCAAUCGAUGGUGCAGCGGGAAGUGAGUUGGAUGGAAGGGUUUUGAGAUUAGAUUUCAGCACACCAAAGGACAGAAGUGCAGGUCCACCUAGAGGCGGUGGUCCAAGAGGCGGCGGUAGAGGUGGAAGAGGUGGCAGAGGUGGUGCACCAAGAGGUGGUGGCAGAGGUGGAUUCAAUGCCAACAGAUCAGGUGCUAUUGCCCAGCCACAAGGAAAGAAAAUGACAUUUGACUAG